GUCCAUUAGAUUUUUCCGACAGCAUUUCCUCCAAUCUCAUUUCACUAUUUCAAAAGGUGACAAGUUUACCUCUCCCACCUGAAUAUAUACAUAGUUACAUUUCUUACAGUGCAAAGUCCAGCCUCGAUCUGAUCGCCUCUCUCUCUCUCGCCUGAAUCCUUGUGGCGAUUUGGUGGUUGGUGGAUCAUCUAGGGUUGAUAUAGGGUUUUUGGUUCUGUCAGAUGGGGCAGCAAUCUCUGAUCUACAGCUUCGUGGCUCGGGGCACGGUGAUCCUUGCCGAGUACACCGAGUUUACCGGAAAUUUCACCAGCAUCGCCUCCCAAUGCCUCCAGAAGCUCCCUGCUUCCAACAACAAGUUCACCUACAAUUGCGACGGCCACACAUUCAAUUACCUCGUCGACAACGGCUUUACCUAUUGUAUAGUUGCUGUUGAAUCUGCUGGCAGACAGAUUCCCAUUGCCUUAUUGGAGCGAGUUAAGGAAGAUUUCAACAAGAGAUAUGGUGGAGGGAAAGCUGCGACUGCUGUUGCCAACAGCCUGAAUAAAGAGUUUGGGCCCAAACUGAAGGAGCACAUGCAGUACUGUGCUGAUCACCCUGAAGAGAUAAGCAAGCUUGCGAAAGUGAAGGCUCAGGUUUCUGAAGUCAAGGGUGUUAUGAUGGAAAAUAUUGAGAAGGUUCUUGACCGCGGUGAGAAGAUCGAGCUGCUGGUCGAUAAAACUGAGAACCUUCGCUCGCAGGCCCAAGAUUUUAGGCAACAGGGAACUCAGAUGAGAAGGAAGAUGUGGCUCCAGAAUAUGAAGAUAAAAUUGAUUGUGUUGGGUAUUAUCAUUGCCUUGAUUCUAAUCAUUGUCUUGUCUGUUUGCCGUGGCUUCAAUUGUUAAAUUGUCUUGGAACUUCCUGGACACUUCCUCACCAGCAUGCCGAUUCCAAUUGUCUUGGUAGAUUCCUUUCCACCUUGCAGAUCCUUGCUCUUGGGUUUUUGAUGUAUUAGAUUAUACCUAUCCCCUUCUGCUAGCCUCUUAGGAUUGAGGAGCAUUUGUCUUUUGGAUUGGCUGUAUAGUGAUAUUCUUCUACUUCUGCAACUGCAAGUAGAUAAAUUUUCUGUAUGUUGGAUGUUAUGAAUUUUUGGUUUAUUGAAGUCUCAAGAUGUACCUGCAUGUUAGUAUGUCUUUUUGAAAUGCUAUGAAUCUUUCCCACCA